GUGUAGUAUAUAAUGUAUCGUAGUAGUAUAAAAUGUAGUGUAGUCAUAUAUAGUUUUGUGGUAGUGUAGUGGUAUGUAAAAGAGUGUACAAUGUACAGGAGUAAAUUUGGGACUUGCAAACAGAUCAACUUACAAACACAGACCUCUGGUACCCGACUCGUGCGGCUGUUUACAUCUCCACUGACCGCUGAUUUCCCGCCCGUCCGCCCCGCAUCUCGACAUUGUUGUUCUUUCAGGAAAGGGCUUCUGCAUCAACUAUUGGAGCGUGAGGCCCGUCACGAGCACCAAGGCCUGCGGUGUGAAGGGGUUCCAGUCACCGGCUCCCUGGGCGGCUGCGGUGGUGCAGUACAACGCGACGCUGUGCCACGCCACGCUUGUCAAGCCCUCUUGGUUCCUCGCGACCGCCGGCUGCGUCAACCUGCUCGUAAACAGGAGCGACCCGCAGCCCCCGAGUGUCCGGCUGAGCGGUGGCGUGGACCUGCGGGUGCUGAGCUACACCGUUCACGACCGGUACAACGCAGCACUGCUGAAGGUCGCCACUCCCGUGACCAACAGGAGCCCGGCCUGCCUGCCAGACUACCAGCGGCCUACGCACUACUCCGGGAAGACCUGCUUCAUCGAAGCACUCGACCAGAGGCAGAUGCAGGUGCAGAUGGCCACGGAGGGCAGCUGCGGAGUUUCCAGCAUCUCAAGCCAAAAGAUCUGCACCCAGCCUCCUAGGAGCUGCGUGGUGCCAUUGCCGGUGAGUCUAGAAUAGUGUACACUACACUAUACACUACACUAUACACUACACUAUACACUACUAUACACAACUAUACACUACACU